AUGUGCAAUGUGCAAGGGACAGAAGCGCCACAGCUGAGGGCUUGGCUACUCCCCUGACCAUACAUGGCGUGACAAGGGCUUUCCUGGGACUGUCUCUAGCGCUGCCUCUGCAGCAUUCCCAGCUGGUGUCCUACAAAUGGGAGACACUGGCCCACAGUGCCAGUGACAGAGAAGCUUGCCAAGGGAGCCUGGUAGAGAUGAGCUUUUCGCUGAACUUCACGCUGCCAGUGAAUACGACUCCCUCUCCAGUUGCCCCGAGCACCAAAGCCGAUGACUGUGGUCCCUCUAUUGGCCUAGCAGCCGGAAUCCCGUCCCUGCUGGCCACAGCCCUGUUGGUGGCCUUGCUGUUUACCUUGAUUCAGCGAAGAAGAAGCGUCGAUGAGCCCUUUGAGGAAAGUGAGAGACCAUGUGAAAUUUCAGAACUCUAUGACAAUCCCAAAGUCUCUGAGAAUCCUAGGCGGUCACCCACACAUGAGAUGGACCCACAAGGUACCCAGGAAGGCCACAUAUAUGUGAAGACAGUCUCUGGAAGUGAGGAGCCCUUGCCUGACACUUAUCGUCGCCCUGAAGAAAUGGAGAGAAGGAGAGGACUGUGGUGGCUUGUGCCCAGACUGAGCCUAGAAUGAUGUAGUUUCAUCAGGGAGCUGACCCGGAACUGGAAUCUGUGCUUAGGAACUGUGCCGGUGAGGAUCAGCUGCCUCUCACUGCACAUAAAUUUAUUUAUAGGUCGGGGGUGUACCUGGGUUGCUUUUCCUCAUUAGGGGUGCUGUAAUAAGGUUCAGUCAACUUCAGGCCUUGUAGUUUUAAUCAUCAGUACAAGCCAGGUGACUUUCUGUGCAUUCAGACGAGUCCCUUUUGUCCUGUUUCUUAAUCCAGAGAAGUCUGUUUUUGGGAAAUGGACCUGGUUUCUAAGUGUCCUGCCUUCACCGCUUCCCCCUCCAUCUCUUAUCUUUAAAAAAGCAAAUAAAUGAAGCUAUGGGAGUUGUAUUUUUCCGGGUGCAUUGGCUAAGGUCGGCUUGGCACAAGUUAGGACAUGAGUGAAAUUUAUGGAAGACAUGUGAAAGAAGCCAUUUCUUUCUCUGAAUAUCUCAGGGCAAAACUCACAUGGAGCCGCACAUGCCCAACACAGGGAAGCAUGUGGCUAGACCGUUUCACACAGCAGAGAAGGGGUCAUGGGCUUUUGAGUCAAACCUGCCCCCCAGCAGCUGUGAGAAUUUGGACAAAGUCACCUACAUUCCCCAAGCCUGCUUUGGGUCUUAUAAAAGAGGGGAGAAUAUUCUGUGUUUUAUUCAGGUACCAGAAAAAUUGCAAAAGGAAGGAAGGGAAGCAUUUUCCACCAAGUAGACACUAGAAACAUUCACUUCCCCUACUCACCCCGCUCUUCCCACCUCUUCCCAUCCCAUCUGUCUGAUCAAGUCAAACGAUGGCUCUGCAGAAUUUGUCAACCAUAGUCACAAAAUUGAGAAGGAAGUACAUCUAAAAGUAACUCCAGUUUCACUAGAAGUCUGCACCCUGAACUCUGAACAUCAUUUGCCCUCGUAUGUCAACCAACUCUCAAAUUCCCAGUACAGAGACCCGCGCUACACAUUACACAUUAAUCUCCAGGAUGCUAAUGCCUUUGAUGAUUAAUCUUCACUGGGGACACUUACAGUCGCCAUGGAAACACACCUCUAGAAAGGGUUAACAGAGCAAAAAGAUCUGUGUGAAUGUGAGAAGCACCAUUCCCUGGGCUUGGACUUCUGGACUGAAUAAAAGAGAUUUCAAGUUGAGCACACAAAGUUCAUCCCCCUCUGCUUCCCGACUACAGAUAAAAUGUGUGAUCAGCUGCCGCAUGCUCCUGCCAUCUUGCCUUCCCAGCUGUGGCGGACUGUGUACCUUCAAACUGUGAGCCAAAACAAAUCUUUCCACCCUUAAGUUGCUUUUAUCAGGCAUCUAAUCCUAACAAUGAGAAGUAACUAAUGUAAAAUUGGUAUUCAUGGUUUAGUGGCUUUCUUUGCAAUGAUGAAUUUUGUUUUGAAGUAUCACAAAGAAAAGAUGUUUGUGAGGAAGAGAGAUAAAGAGGAUCAAAGAUGAACACAGGAACAAAGGGAUGGGUUAGUAUAUCUACACCUGCCAUUCAAGGGAAAUCUAGCGGCAACUUUACCAGCUUGGGCCAGACCUUUGCCUUUACUUCCCCAGAUGACUUCCAGGUGGUCUGGUCACAGCUCCUUCUGAUGCAUGGCCACUGCCUUGGACAGGCCAUGCUUCACAGUGGGAGAGAUGAGGUCUCAGAGCAUCUCUGGGAGCAAUCCCAGUCCCCAUGAGCCACUCUGAUAUCUUAGGGAGCCAACUUUUCUCAUAUGGGGCCUCUGGAUGUUCAGAAAUGAUCCUAUUUCUUGAAUGGGGAAUAGUUCUAUAACCACAAUGACCACCUUUCAAAGUCCCUCUAAAAUUAAAAAAAAAAAAUGUCUUUCAUGGGCCCAGCUCCUUAGAUAAGCUCAUGUGGAUGGCUUCAAGCAGCCAUGUCCGAGGAUGCCCAGCAUUCUCUUUUCUUGUGUGGUGGAAAAGGACCUUGGACUCCCUGAGAACCUGAUCAGAGUAGGACUUAUAACUUUGACAUAGAUGGGUGUCAGCUCCAGCUCAUAAUGUUGGCCACCUAGGGCCUCAAUCCUGUGGUGAUAAAAAUGAUCCAGAGAGCAUCGAAGAAGCCUGAAUGAAAUACACUUAUCAGUGAGCUUUGUAAUUGGUAAAGUAAGGUAUGACUGUGUUUCAGAUACUUUAAUUCUACUUACAAUCAAUUGCUUAGAAUCUUUAUUUCAAAUUGUUUUCACUAAAAUUUUGAGAGUCAGCAUUUCUUUUGGUACAAACACUUAUUUUGUAAUCUAGUGAAAAAUA